ACUCAUGACAACAAUGCCAUCACCACCACCAUCAACCACCACCUACAUCACCAUCCCCAUCUCCGGCACCGACGUCAUAUUCCGGUCAUUCCAAAACCUAUCAACAUUCUUGUCACACCACCGUCCCUGGCCCGAAUUCCUCUCCACAUUUUCUUCCUUCACUUGUCCAAAUUCUUUCACAAGAAUCCAAUCAAACUUGAAACAUUUCUCAAUUAACUACGGAAUUAUAACCACAUCAUGUGCCGCGGUUUCUUUGCUAGGAAACCCGCUUAGGUUGCUAGCAUUUGGUCUUGUUUUCACAUUAUGGCUUGUGUUUUAUUUUUUACGUGAAGAUCCUGUGGUUGUAUAUGGACAUAAUGUGCAUGAUCAUGUUGUGACUUGUGGGCUUGUUUUGGUUAGUUUUUUUUGUGUCUUGUGUUUAGGUUUUGGUUGGAAUCUUGUCGUUGGGAUCGCGGUUGGUGCUUUAAUUUCGGUAGUUCAUGCUGUUUUUCGUAACGAUGAAGGGAUUUAUCUAGAUGAAAAUGAUGCAGUUUCAGAAGGAUUGAUUUCACCUAGAGUUCAAAGUGUAUAAUAUUGAUAUAGUGAAUUGUUUGUAAUCAUAAAGUUUAAUUAAUUGCUGUAUGUUA